CCGGAAGCGACGGCGGAGCGUGCCUGCAUGGAGCGCCAGCCGUGCGCCUCGGCAGCAGCCCCCAUCCCCGCCGCGGCCGCCCUCUUCUCUUGGCCUCCCUAAGGAAAUGUUAUGUACAUGUGUGGAGAUGCUGCAUUGAAACCCCUCGCUUUGUACAAUGAAUAUAAGGGUGCAAAUAGCUAUGGGCAACUUGGCCUUGGUCAUAAGGAAGAUGUGCUUUUGCCCCAGCCACUGAAUGACUUCUGUAAUCCUGGGUGUAUCAAGAGAAUCACGGGAGGAGGAGGCCACUCUGCAGUUGUCACAGAUGGAGGAGCCCUUUUUGUUUGUGGCCUUAACAAAGAUGGGCAACUGGGGCUUGGUCACACAGAAGAUGUUCUGUAUUUUACCCCCUGCAAAUCUCUCCUUGGUUGUCCUAUCCAACAGGUGGCCUGUGGCUGGGAUUUUACUAUUAUGCUCACAGAAGAAGGUCAAGUUCUAUCAUGUGGAUCCAACUCUUUUGGCCAGUUAGGAGUUCUUCACGGGCUUCGAAGAUGUGUGGUUCCCCAAGUCAUUGAGCUUCUGAGAGAGAAGAUUGUUUGCAUCGCUGCUGGCCUGAGGCAUGCAUUAGCUGCUACAGUGAGUGGCAUUGUGUUCCAGUGGGGGACCGGGUUGGCAUCAUCUGGACGACGACUGUGUCCUGGGCAGUCUCUCCCACUGUUUUUGACAGCAAAGGAACCAAGCAGAGUGACAGGCAUGGAGAAUUGUAAAGCAGUAAGAGUUCUUGCUGGCUCAGACCACUCAGCUUCAUUAACAGAUGCAGGUGAGCUGUAUGUUUGGGGAAGUAACAAGCAUGGGCAACUGGCUACCCAGGCUGCUUUCCUUCCUGUGCCUCAGAGAAUAGAAGCACAUUGUUUUCAGAAUGAAAAGGUCACUACCGUCUGGAGUGGGUGGACACAUCUGGUUGCUCAGACAGGUGAGAAUGCAGCGGAAAAUUUGGGGUUGGUAAGGGUAAUUGGGACUAAGGAUUUUUAUUGGUGAAAAGCUUUAAGGAUUGGACAGAGGAGGAUCUUGUGCCUAGUUCUGCCAUCAGUCAGGUAUGUGGUUUUUCCUGUUUGGAUCAUAGGUUUGCACCAAAAAAUGCAAGAUUUGAUUAGGUUAACUCUUUCAAGUCCUAAGAAUCCAUGAGGUUUUGAGAAUGAAUGCAUUCCAGCAAGCAUCAUCUAGAAACUUGUCCAGGUUGUUGGGGAGGCCUU